UUCCAAUGUUGCUCAAGGUAAAAUCAUAACAUUGCAAAAAUUGCAACAAGUGGUUGUGUGUUUAAUUUAGUUUUUCAUUUAAAUCAUUUUAAUUUAACAAGUUAGAAAAAUGUUCUCGGUUUAUAAGAAUGAACAAGAAGUUAUUUCUGAAUUACAAAAGUUGAUAGAAGAGAAAGCAAAUGAAGCGAUUAAAAAACGAGGCAGAUUUUUUAUAGGAUUUUCUGGAGGAUCAUUGGGAAAAUAUCUAUGCAAAUGUUUGCCGAAAAUUAAAACUGAUUGGAGCAAAUGGAUUGUUUUCUUUUGUGAUGAGCGUUAUGUUGCUGAAAAUGAUUCUGACUCGACCUUCGGGUUUUACAAGCAGAAUCUGUUACCCAAAGUUCCUCUCACUGAACAACAAUUUGUUACAAUUAAUGUUAAAGAUCCAAUUGAAAAAGUAGCAGCUGAUUAUGAGAAAAGAAUUCGUGAAGAGUUUAAAAUGCCAGAUGGAGUUCCUUCAUUUGAUUUGUUGCUUCUUGGAAUUGGCCCGGAUGGUCACACUGCUUCACUGUUUCCUGAUCAUGAGUUAUUAACAGUCACUGAUCGCCUCAUCGCUUACAUCAACGAUUCUCCUAAGCCGCCUCCUCAAAGGAUAACAAUGACAUACACUCUCAUCAAUAAUGCUCGUAAUAGUAUAUUUGCCGUUCCUGGUAAUGGAAAAGCUGCGAUCAUUAAAAGUAUCUUUGGUGAUAAAGUUGAUCUACCUGCUGGAAGGGCAAACAUUGGCACAUCAUUGAAAAAGUUUGCAAACGAUUUAGGAUUUUUCACUAUUGGAGAUAUGAUUCGUACAUGGGAUGACUUUAUUUUCAAUGGUAGUGGAAUAUAUUCUGAAGUGCAAGCUCUCGAACUCAAUCAUAUUUCAGAAAUGGCAAAAUAUUCAAAAAACUCUGGCAGUAAAAGUAAAAACUAUCGUGGGUUUAAGAUUAAUAAUACUCAGUGGAACAAUCAUAACACAAGACGUCACUCAAAUCAUUCCGACAUAUUUGCUUUCUCAGAUAAUUUCCAAGACUAUUAUAUUGAAUUUGACGACAGUGGUGAGGACAAGGACGAUUCUGAUGAUUUUAUUGUUGCAAGCGAACAGAUAUCACACGUUAAAAGUAUUGAUGUACAAAUUCCUUCAUGCACUGCAUCUGAUAGUUGGGAAUAUCCGAAAAUGAUGACAAUUUGUUUAAUGGAAAUUGUUAAUCCACAUCGAUUUUGGUUUACUUUUUAUGACGAUUUUAAGAAAAUUAACGAAUUGAUGAAAGAAAUGAAAAAUUAUUACGAAGCAAGAGAUCAUUUGAAAGUUGAUCAAAAAGAUUUACAGUCGGGACUGCAUGUGGCGGUUCUUUAUUGUAGUUUGUGGCAUCGUGGACGAAUCCUUAAAUUAAAGUCACCAGACAUUGCUCGAAUCUUUUACACCGACUUUGGUACUGUCGAAGAUGUGCCGCUUAACAGAAUUUGUUAUUUGAUGAAUGAUUUUUUGCAACUUCCGUGCAGUUUGAAGCGUGGAGUUUUGUCGUUUGUUCAACCAACGAAUGGAAUUUGGAGCGAGAAUGCAAAAGUUUCUUUCCACAGGUGCCACACAAAGAAAAUUGAAGUUUGCAUAUUUAGAAAGAAUCCUAAAGACUCAUCAUUUUAUAUGUCAAUGAAACGACCAGGAAGAGAUUCGUUGAUAGCUGACAUUCUGAUCAAGAAGCAUUUCUGCAUUUAUGACUUCGAUUUCUUGUCAAAAGACGUAGUUGGUGGAUUGACAUUUGAUUACUAUGAAAGUGGAAAUUUUCUGGAUGUCGUCGAACUUAUGAAUCAAAACAGUUUGAAAUCUUGGAUGCCAUCUUCGAGUCAAUCAAAAAAAUUGAUUGACAAUCACGUUUAAAGUUUUUUAAGACAUUAAAACAUUUUUUUUGUGGAAGACGAAAAAGUUUAAAAAUAAAGGAAGUGCAAAAUA